UGCCUGCCGUCAACACUGGGUUGCUCUCAUUUGUUUCUUUCUAAUACAUUUUGGCGUCUUGACUCUGGUUAUGUCUGAUAUUUUAUUUUUGAAGUUAAGUUCGUGAUUGACAGUUAAGAAUUGUUUCUAUUUUUAUUAUUAAUGAGUGAAUUUUGGUAUUGGUGAGUUUUGGAAAUUGUUGUACAAAAUAUAGAAGCUGGGUGUUAUGGAGUAACCAACGUCUUAACCUAGGAUCAUCUCUAGUAUUCAGAAAUGCCUCAUGAGAUUGUUUAUCCUCAGGGCUGUCGUCCUGUCACUGAGGAUCUUGGAGCAGAUGAACUUAUUAGAAGAUUAAAGACAUUGGCUCAUACACUACAAGCUAUGGGUCAAGAUGAGGGUAUGUACCAACAAUACAUACCUCUAGCUAUUCAUCUGGCUGAAGAUCAUUUUUUACAGUACCCCAGCAGAGAUGUACAAUUAUUAAUAGCAUGCUGCAUAGCAGAUGUCCUUAGGGUUUAUGCUCCAGAGGCACCUUACAAGGAUCAAGAGAAAGUCAAGACUAUUUUUCAAUUUUUAAUCAAACAACUUUCUGGUUUAAAAGACCCUAAAGACCCAGCAUUCAAAAGAUAUUUCUACCUACUUGAAAAUUUGGCUUAUGUCAAAUCUUUCAAUAUGUGUUUUGAAUUAGAAGAUUGUCAAGAAAUUUUUUGUGGUCUAUUUAGUCUUAUGUUCAAAAUAGUUAAUGAUGAACAUUCUGGUAAAGUUAAGAGUUUUAUGCUUGAUGUUUUAUGUCCCCUCAUAACUGAGUCAGAUAUUGUUUCCAAUGAACUCCUGAACAUCAUACUUAUGAAUGUUGUGGAACCAGCGAAGUCCCAAAGAAAAAAUGCUUAUCUUCUUGCUAAGGAUCUUAUAGUUAAGACAAGUGACACUCUUGAACCAUAUAUUCAAGGGUUUUUUAACCAUGUCCUCAUAAUGGGUAAGGAAGAAAAAGGACUAAUGAUCUAUACCAAAGUUUAUGAUUUGAUUUAUGAGUUGAAUAAAAUUUGUCCUAGUGUGUUGCUUUCUGUCCUACCACAGCUUGAGGUUAAACUUAAAUCAUCUAUAGAAGAGGAGAGGCUUGGAGCCGUUUCUCUGUUAGCUAGAAUGUUUAGUGAAAAAGAUAGUAGCCUAGCUAAGUCCCAUCCACAGCUUUGGCGGGCCUUCUUGGGCAGGUUUAAUGACAUUAAUUUAUUCAUACGAAUGAAAUGUGUUCAAUAUUCUAUGCACUUCUUGUUAAACCACCCAGAGCUGAGAGCAGAUAUUACAGAAACGCUGAAAAUGAGACAGCAUGAUUCAGAAGAGAGUGUACGAUAUGAGGUUGUAAUGGCAAUUGUAUCAACAGCAAAAAGAGACUUUGAAGUUGUGUCUAAAAGUGAAGAUCUACUGGAGUUUGUGAAAGAGAGAACUUUAGACAAAAAGUUUAAGAUCAGGAAAGAGGCAAUGUCUGGUCUUGCAAUGAUCUAUAAAAAACAUUUAAAUGAUGCUGAUGUCCCCCAGGCAACUAAAAAAGCUGUUACAUGGAUAAAAGACAAGAUUCUUCAUGGAUAUUACAUGACUAGUAUGGAAGACAGAAUCCUGGUUGAGAGGCUUCUUAACACUAGCCUGGUUCCAUUUAAUCUACCUCCUGAAGAACGAAUGAAAAAACUUUAUCAUUUGCUGGGAACAAUCGAUGACAAUGCAAAUAAGGCCUUUCUAGAACUUCAAAGACAUCAAUUGUUCGCAAGGAAAGCAGUAAUGGAAUGGUUGGAAAUACACAGGAAGCCUGAAUCUCCUGAGAGAGCAAAGGAAAUAAUGCACAAGAUUGCCCAUAUAGCAAAGUUCUUGCCAGAUCAAGUAAAGGCCCAGGAAUUCCUUCUAAAAUUUUCUCAGGACAUGCUAGCUGACAAGUCACUAAUGAUCGGACUUGAUUUUAUUGUGAAGCCAGAUGUUUCUUGUAAAGAAUGUAUGGAAGUCACUGGUCAGUUAUUAAAGAAACUUGGACAACCAGUAAUGACCAAUCUUUAUUACAAUACCAUCAAAACGUUAUUGGAAAGGGUUUCCUCAGUGAUGAUUGAUUAUGAAGCUUUGAAGGUUUUAAUACGGUACGUUGAAGACUGUUUGAAUGGAGGCAAUCUAAUUGAAGAACUUGGUCUUCAUCCUAAUACCGCUGGUGAAAGGGGCUUAAAGAUGCUUAUGAUGCUGGCAUAUGUAUUUCCAUCACAUUUUUUUCAUGCUGACAUUAUUUCUCAUUUGGUAACUUUAGUUAAAACAGAAGAUCCUAUGGUUCUUUCAGUAUUAACAUUCCUAGGAAAGUACAAACCUGUCUUUCUACAUUUUCCUGAAGUGGCUGAGCAGUAUGGAUUAGUGUCCUUAUGCAAAGACUUUAUCGAUAGAGGAUCACCAAAACAAGCCAAGCAUGCCAUCAGAUGUUUGUAUAUAAACUUUGGGAAACCCGGAGAGUCACAGUUUAGUGAUAUACUUGAAAAAGUUCGAAAUAAUCUAACUCCUGAGACAAGCAACUAUCUUACGGCAAUUGUCGCUUUUGGCCAUAUAGCUCAGAAUCUUCCUCAACGGUUUCCUGUUCAUAUCAAGAACAUUGUUUCUAGAAAGAUUGUGAAAGAACUUCUUGUAAAGAAUACAAAGACAGAAUCCCCACUCCCUCUUGAUGAAUCUUGGUGUUCAGAAGAUAAGUUACCUUUUGAAACUCGAUGCAAGGUAGAAGGUCUGAAAGCAAUGGCUAGAUGGUUAGUUGGUCUGAAAGAUGAUAAACUAGCUGCACAGAAAACCUUUCGAAUGCUUACAGCAUUUAUUGCUAAAAAAGGGGACUUACUUCAGACAGGAAAGCUUAGUAAAGCAGAGAUGGCUUGGCUUCGACUUGCUGCUGGGUGUGCUAUGUUAAGAAUCUGUGAGCAGAAAGGAGUUGGAGACCAAUAUUUUGCUGAUCAGUUCUACACUCUAUCAGGACUUGUCAAUGACGAAUCCCCUGAAGUUAGAGAGAGGUUUUUAAACAAAUUACAUAAAGGCUUAAGUCGUGGUUUGCCCCAUAAAGGUCUCCCUUUGGAUUUUAUGGGAUUCUAUUGCCUCACUGCCUUUGAAGAAAAUAGGAAACUGAGGACAAUGGUAAGGCAGCAAAUGUGGACUGGUGUUUCUAAGAGAAGGGAUUAUGCCAAGUCACUCUCAGUAUCAAAUCUUUGUUCAGUAGAAAAAGCAAUGGAAGAAUUGCCCAGAAUCUUACCAGAUUAUAUGCUUUUGUUCUCCAUCCCAGUGCUGACGCAUUGUCCUCAGUUCACUUGCGCUAGGGACCCAGUACAGUUAGCUGCUAUGAGAGCAUGUUUAUGGCAUGUAAUGGAACCACUUUUAUCUAAAAAUGAUUUUUACUGCUUUGGAUUUUACAAGGAAAUGAUUGAACGUGCUAAAAAUUGUAGAGAUGCUGUUAGUCCUGAUGAUGAAGAAGUUAACCAUAGGUUGUGGACACUUUGUGACUUGGCUAUGGCUCUCCUUCUUCAGAAAACAACUAAUUUUGAUUAUAAAGAUCUUCAGGCAGACAUAAGGAUACCUGUCAUGUUCUUCAAACGGAACCCAGACCCAAAUUAUGUGAAUACUAGAAAUUUUUUGCCAGUUGAAUUCCAAUAUACGGGACAAGCAAGUACUAAGAAGUCUGCUCCACUUGUUACUAUGACUGCAAACCGUCGAUUGAAAAACAACAAAAAAAAUACUACUCAGGGUACUACUAUUCAGCUCCAUGCUACUGAUGCAAAGCCUGCCAGAGGAACAUCUGUUCACAUUGACACACUGCCUGUAACUGCAUCAGAAACUAAAAUAAAAUUACCUGGAAUGGAAUUCAACAAUUCUGAUGGGGAAAGUUCAGAGCCUGAUAUAAAGAAGAUACGAUAUAAAGAAGAACCUUAAUUUUGUAAAUAGUUUCUCAAUAACCAAAAUCGAUUCCAUUCGCGCUAACUAAAUGCUGUAUAUUUUUGUAAAAGGAGUUUGUUGAGUAGGGUUGUACAUCGUUGUUGCAGCCGUUUCCUAUGCGUUAUGAACGAACAUACUACAAGUCUGCAUCAUUUUUUGUUUAUUUUUUACAAAUGUAAAUUAUGUUUUAGGUCGUAAUGAAUUUUUAUUGUUUGAGGUCGAGGUGUAUGCCAAGAUUUGAUUUAGUUGUUUUUAUUAUUGGUAAAAAUGUUAUUUAAAUGCUGCUAUCUAUGAAAUGAAAAUAAUUUUUUGUAAUUUAUCUAUUUUUCUUCCCGUUUUCUUUAUAAAUAUAUAUUAUUUCUCAAAAGCAUAUUUAUCAUGAAUCAUUUUACAAGUUUUUUUUUUAAAUAUGUUAUACAUAUACCAUUAUAUGACUGAUUAAUACCAGGAAGAAUGUUGAUUGUGAAGGAAUUUUUUAACUUCCUCUUCUGGAAGAUGAGGAAAGUCUUGGAUUUCAUAAUUAUAAAAUAGUUUUAAUUAUUACUGAGAAAUGUAGAUAAAAACAUUUUUUUUAUUAAUGGCAUCUAAAUCAGUAGCUAGGUACUGUAACUGAAUGCCCUGAUAUGUAUAGCUUUAUUUUAUUUUUCACUCUUAAAAUGUAAUAAAUUUUACUUGAGUGGGAAAGGAAGCUGUAGAUAAGAAAUUGCAUUGAAACAUUUUAACUGGUGUUUGUUUAUAUAAUUUAACUUGAUUAUAUGCGAUGUUAAGGAUCUCUGUGGAUAAUGUAAUGAAGUUUAACUUUAAUAACUUUUAAAUUUAGUUAUAAAAUAAAAUAAGAUAAUGGUCUGAUUAAUUGAUAGAACAAGCACCUGCACAAUCACCAGUUUUCUGUCUUGUGACAAGAACAUUACUGCACUUUUUAUUAUUAAUAAAGCCUGUGACAGUCCUUUUAAGAUUUAACAUUGUAUCAUAUUAGUCUUUUGUAUGACAUUUUUAUUUUAAAUGUUUUCCUUUGCAUACUUAUUAUGCUUAUGAUAUGAACUGUUUGUUGAUAGUGAUUUCAGAGCCUAUUGUUGAUUUUUGUUUGUAUUUCCUAUAUUAUUAUCAUGAACUAUGCAUCUCUGAUGAAUUUAAAUUUUUAGAGUAAUAAUUUGUUUUAAAAAUGUAUUUAUUUAAAUUUCCUUCUCCAGUCUGUUACAUUCUCCACAAAGCUGACAGAUAUCAGCAUCUAAAUAAAUAUUUGAACUGUAAGAAUAAUUGUUCUUUUUAGUACCUUGUUUAUUGUUUUUUUGUUUGUUUAUUUUUGAUUUCCUAUUUAUUAUAUUGAUUCAUUGUUCAAUAUAAGGUGAAAAUACAAUGUAUUAUAUAUAUAUAUAUACACAUAUAUUUUUUUUUUAAAUACUAA